UCGAGCCCAACCAAUCCGAGCGUACAGAGGCAGCAGAGGAGCCACGAUGAGCUGGUAGCGCAUCUUUUACGCACACCGCCGACCGCUCCGCCGCCCGCCCGCACGUCCGUCCCUUAUAAACGCACCGUCUGCCGCUUCACGUUCAGUUCUCACGCCGACACCAUGGAGACGACACUGGCCAGGAGCGAGGCGAUCGUUUCCCAGCUGCUGCUUUUCAGCCACAUCGUUGUGGCAGCGGAGCCACUGGUCAGAGGCCUGAAGAAACUCCCAGAAGAUAUUGACUGGUCGUACUCAGGGACCCUGAACCAGCACAGCUGGGGUAAGAAGUACCCGUCCUGCAACAGCGGCCGGCAGUCUCCUGUGGACAUCGAUGAAACCUUCACCCAGGUCAGGCUGCAGUACCAAAACCUACAGCUCGAGGGCUGGGACCAACUGACGGCAGAGUCCAGCACCAUCCACAACAAUGGAAAGACUGUGGCCAUUGAUGUGGAGGGGGAAUUCUUUGUGAGUGGAGGAGGAUUGAACUCCAGGUUUCGUGUCAGUAGAAUCAUGUUCCACUGGGGGCGCUGCAACGCAACGUCAGAUGGGUCUGAGCACAGCCUGAAUGGGAUGAAAUACCCUCUGGAGAUGCAGAUCUACUGUUACGAUCCAGAUGACUUUCUAAGUCUGGAUGAUGCUAUUAGGGAGGGAGGGAGGGUCGCUGCUUUGGCUGUGCUCUUUGAGAUCAGCCAGGAAGACAAUGAGAACUUUAAUCCUGUGAUAGAUGCCAUCAACACUGUCAGCAGGUUUGGUAAAAGCGGCUCGCUGGAAGCGUUCACCUUGCGCUCCUUAAUGCCUAAUAACACAGAUAAAUACUACAUCUACAACGGCUCCCUGACUGCUCCUCCCUGCUCUGAGAUGGUGGAAUGGAUUGUGUUCAAACAAACUGUGCCCAUAUCAGAAAAACAGUUGGAGAUGUUUUGCGAGGUGAUGACCAUGGAGCAGGCCGGAUACGUGAUGCUGACAGAUUACCUACAGAACAACUUCAGAGAACAGCAGCAGCAGUUCAUGGGUCAGGUGUUUGCCUCGUACACCGGAGUGGAGGACGUGCUCACACCCACCUGCAGCUUAGAGCCAGAGAACGUUCAGGCCGACGCUCAGAACGACACCACCAUCGUGGUGACGUGGGAGCGCCCCCGCGUGGUUUACGACACGACCAUCGACUGGUACACCGUCACGUACCAGAGGCUGCAGGGCCGAGACCAAAGCAAGCAGGAGUACAGGACAGACGGGGACCAGGAUGUGGGCGCCAUCAUCUCAAGCCUGCUGGCCAACAGCAGCUAUGUGGUACAGGUGGUGGCUGUUUGCACCAAUGGACUCAGAGGACGAUGGAGCGACCAGAUUAUAGUGGACAUGCCUUUAGAAGACCCCGAAAUUGAUUCGGAUCCUGACACUGUCACUAAAGAUGUGGGAGUCAACAAUGAGGUCUCAUCUAAAGCCAAAUGGGGGAAACCUGAGAACCAUAACCAGGUGGAUUUGUCCCCAGAGGACCACAGCCCUGUGGAGGAGGUCCCAGUGGAGCAGACCAGAGUUUACCAGAACCAGCCCACACGCCUCCAGAAUCAAACCCAAGCAAACCCGGACGUCACAGUGCAGGUCAACCCCCGCUCAACCCCCAAGACUCCCUCUGAUUCUGUGGUUCUGCAGAAAACUCGACUCAACCAGAAUGUGAAAAAGAAACCGGAUCACAACAGGUCUACACCGGAUGAUAUGGAUCAGAACUGGAUCGACGAGGACAGCAUGACUCCAACACAGCGGCCCUUCACUCAUGCAGGUUUUGACGGCAAUGGUGCAAUCUGGGUAAGCGAGGCAACCGAACAGCCAGGCUUCCUGUUUCCAGUUGCUCGGAUCACGACGCUGCCAAUGAUACACCGACAAAUCACAGAAGAGGCGUCACUGUCAGUGGUCCCAAAUCAGAAUCAGGGUCCACCAGAACAAGCUGGCGAAAGUGAGCUCCCUUCUCCGCAGUCAGAUCUCUACACCCCUCCUGUGGAGGAAAUCCAAGUCACAGAUAUCUUCUAUGAAGACACAGUCAACAACUUCCCCCUGGAAAGCUCUGCCUCUGCUGCAACUGAGUCCUCUGCUGCUGUUGCGGUGCCAGGUAUUCAAGAGGACAGUGUCUCCCCAGUAUUCCCCGCUGAGGACAGCAAGGCUCUCGUGAACAAACCACUACCGGAAACCGUAACUUCUGCCUCCUCUUCCUCGCCGUCCUCCCUCUGGAUCACAGCAAGGACGGCAACCGCCAGCAACACCCUCGCCAACUCAGUCUACAAAUCACUCACCACCUCCUCUCUGCUCAGAGUGCUGAUGCAUACGACCCAGCCCAUGUUCAACGCGCACACACCAACGUCCAAGUCUGAGGACUCAACUGUUGACCACUCCUCAGUCUUUCCAAACACUUCUAGUAGAGCAAUUGUCCACAUUGCAAACCCUGUGAUGUCUCUCCUGGAAGAAGGACUCUCUGCCAAAGACGACUUCAUCAGAUCAACACCUCCACCACUUGACCACGCCAUCCGUUUCCCACCUUCUCCUGCCCUGCUUGAAGACAAUACAAGCAGUGGAGAUAAGUCCUCUGAGGAGCUUGCUAUUGUCCGUCUAGAAAUGGAUUCAGAAGACGCUCAGAUUUCUACCACUUUGAGUUCACAAGAUCUCUCAAGCACUGCAUACCUUUCUCUUCAGCCUGAUUUUGGUUUGAGUGCCAUCGACUUAUCAAGCACUUACGCUAUUGGAGGAAGUGCCCCAAAAACUUCUCCUUCUAAAAGUGAAAAUAAGAUUCAAGAUGUUCUAAAUAUCGUGCCACAUCCCAGCAAUGAGCAGGAAGCUCAACAUAAAGACGACUUUUCUUUCUUUGAUUCUAAACAUUUGGAUUUGCCAGACAGACCAACAGAGGGCAGUGGAUCAGGCUCUGGCUUUGAUGGCCACAGACUCAAACAGGACUCUGAUGAAGUCGCUACAAUGAGUACAGACCUGUCUACUCUUCCAAGCUCAACUAUUACCAUCAAGGUGGAUGAUAUCAGGGGAAAGAGAAGAUCAACUGCAGCUAAGAUGCCCACUGAAAUAGAUCAUUAUAAAGAUGAUACAGGAAGCAGAAAAGGUGGCAGAAAUAAGUGGGAAACAGACGCAGAUCGAGAGAUGACAGAGGAUGGCGAUGAGGUGGAAGAAAAGAUGGGUGGAGAGGAAAUAAGUGAGACUGGAGUGAGGGAAGUAGAUGGAGACCCAGAGGAGAGUGUCAGGCAGCUCAAUCGCACAGCAGGCUUUGACACGCUGGAGGAAAAAGACGGUGAAACUGCUACAGGGAAGACGGCGUACACUGAGAGCGGGAGCGGGGCUGAAACUGAGAUCAGUUUUAGCUGGUCUGAGGAUCUCAGUGGUUCUGGAGAUGGUGGUGGAGAUGGAAAAGGAAAGAAAGAGGAUAAGGAGGGUGAUGGUAUAGAUGCUGGGAAAGAAGCUGUGUUUGAAAGAAGGGAUGAUCUGCGGCUGCCCGUCAAAGUAGAGGUUCCACUGUUUGACAGCAGUGAAGACAUGAGCAAUGGUGGUAGUGAUGGACGUGAUGAAGAGGAUCAAAACACGAGUCCUUACAGGUCAUUCAUUGGGGACAACUUAACUCCUGAGAACAUCUGGGAGGGAGAAGGUGAUAGUAAAAUGACCGUGGGUAUAGAGAGUGAAGGAGGUGUCGUAGAGGACAGAGAUGCAGGCGUCAUUGGUGAGAGUUUGCAGCAGUUCUCAGGUGUGGACCAGUUGUUGUUUGAUGCCGCAGGGAGCCCAGUGUUGGGGCCUCUGAUCAGACUGACCGACGCCAUGGACGAGCCAAAGGAAGAGGGCAGCAACAGCAGCCACGAGUCUCGGGUGGGGCUGGUCGGAGGUGUGGAGAGGGAGAAGAGGACAGUGGUUCCUCUCGCUGUCGUCUCCACUCUCACCAUUAUCUGUCUAUUGGUCCUGGUGGGCAUACUCAUCUACUGGAGAAACUGUUUCCAGGCAGCUAAUUUCUACCCAGACGACAGCGCAUCACCUAAAGUCAUUUCUGCUCCGUCUACACCCCUGCUGCUGGCUACAGACGGUCAUGAGCCGCUGACGGUGAAGCAGUUUGUGAGGCAUGUCAUGGAGCUCCACACCAGCAACACCUUCUUCAAGGAGUUUGAGAUUGUCAAAGAAUCCUACGAGGAGGUACAAGCCUGCACAGUGGACAUGGGCAUCACCACCGACAGCUCCAAUCACCCCGACAACAAAAGCAAGAACCGAUACAUCAACAUUCUGGCCUAUGACCACAGCAGAGUGAAGCUGUCCAACAGUUUAGACCGAGACGGGAAAUGUGGGGAUUACAUCAACGCUAACUUUGUUGAUGGUUAUGAGCGAACGAGAGCGUACAUCGCAGCUCAGGGGCCUCUCAGAGCGGGCAGGGAAGACUUCUGGAGGAUGAUCUGGCAGCAGAAUGUCGGGGUGAUCGUCAUGAUCACCAACCUCAAGGAGAAAGGACGGACCAAAUGUGACCAGUAUUGGCCCGAGGAGAACCAGGAGGAGUAUGGUGCAUACCAGGUGACCUUGAAAAGCAGCAAGACCCUGGCGUACUACACACUGCGGACGUUCACCGUCAGGGAUACCACAAAUAAGGCGUCUCAGAGAGUCGAACACACAGUCAUGCACUACCACUACACCCAGUGGCCAGACAUGGGCGUCCCAGAAUACACUCUGCCUGUCCUGUCCUUCAUCAGAUCAUCGUCCCGGGCCCGCUCACAAGAGAUGGGACCUGUUCUGGUGCACUGCAGUGCCGGUGUAGGACGAACAGGAACCUACAUUGUGAUAGACACCAUGCUGCAGCAGAUCCAGGAUCAGGGGACAGUGAACGUUCUUGGUUUCCUGAAGCAUGUGCGGACUCAGAGGAACUUCCUGGUUCAGACAGAGGAGCAGUAUGUUUUUAUCCAUGAUGCUCUGGUGGAGGCCAUCUUGAGCCGUGACACCUCAGUGACGUCAGACCUCCUCCACACCUACGUGUCUGACCUCCUGACCCCUGGACUGUCAGGCAGGACGCGCAUGGACAAACAGUUCAAAUUGAUCAGUCAGCGUCAGGCGAAGCACGCAGACUACAGCACUGCCCUGAAAGAUGGCAACGCUGAGAAGAACAGAGCCAGAGCUCUGAUGCCUGUGGAGAGAUCAAGAGUGUGUCUGACCGCCUCCGAAACCAACAACACAGGCUUCAUCAACGCCUCCUACGUCAUGGGACAUCACCACAGUAAAGAGUUCAUAGUGAGCCAGACUCCUCUGAGCAGCACGGUGGCGGAUUUCUGGAGAAUGAUCUGGGAACACAACACACACACUGUUGUUCGCCUGCCGGACGCACACUGUCAGAGUGAAGAGGGGGAGUGCUGUGUCUACUGGCCCAGCAAAGACCAACCUAUGAGCUUUGAGGGUUUCAUAGUUUCACGCUCGGGGGAGGAGCAUGUCUCUCUGUCCAAUGAUGAGAGACUUUUGAUGCAAGACUUCAUAUUGGAGUCUACACAGUUGGGAGGUGCUACAUCAGGGCUGUUCUGUGCUCUCACCACCCUGUCCAGUCAGCUGGAGGAGGAGGGAGCUGUAGACGUCUACCAGGUGGCACGGAUGACCAAUCUGAUGAGGCCUGGGGUAUUUAAUGAUGUAGAGCAGUACCAGUAUCUGUACCAUGCUGUGCUGAGUCUGGUGAGCAGCCAAGAGGACCAGAGAGCCCUGCAGAGUCCAGAGACCAACGGAUCUGUACCACUGGGACAGACCAACAUCGCAGAGAGCUUGGAGUCACUCAUGUAGAGACACACACACACACACACACACAAAAACGCACACUCCAGUGAUGUGGUGACUGAGGUUUGGCUUGUGUCGGUGGUCCAUGCUGAUGCUUGACUGCACAGUAUGUUCUGUAACCAGAGAUGGUGAUUAAAAAUAUAAAAAUAGAACCUAACGAUCCAGUUUAAUCCAGUAAAGCCUUAAGUCAUCUAAAACACUGCAGGUAACUGUGGAAACAGAAUCAUCGCAGUACCAGGUUCACCAUAUAGUGAGUUUACACAGAUCAUGACUUGGAUUUCCAUAUGUUGCUGUGAGACCCUGUCCACAGCUGGUACCAACAUCUGUCCUGAGCGGUCCCAUCACAACCGGACAGUAUUAAAUUCCUCUGUCCACACCUGGUACUAACAUGUGUCCUGAUGAGUCGGUGCAGGGGAAGUCGGGAGGGACUGACUGAGUGAAUGAAUGUGUGACGGAACGAAUGAAUGAAUUCAUGCAGCUGCGAAGAAAAAUGUGACCAAAAAAGUUAUGAACCAUGAUGUGUUGAUCAGUGUUGGUAUUGUGGUGUUGGCUACAAACAAACCAACAUAUGAUCAUUGAGAAGAAUAAAUGUGAAAUAAAAAUUGAUUGAUUGUGAAACUUGAGGAGGGGAGAGGAUGUCAGCUGGUGGCCCAGGAUGUAUUUACAUUCACACAGUGGAAAAGACCACCUCUGGAUACCAGACCACCUCUGGAUACCAGACCACCUCUGGAUACCAGACCACCUCUGGAUACCAGACCAGCUCUGGAUGUGGUUUCAAGGAUCGGAUCCGGACACAUUGAGGACACACUUGGGUGCCUUCACACCUGAACUGACCACUUGUGAUGGGAUCGGUCAGGACGCAUGUUAAUACCAGGUCUGAACGGGGUCUCACACUACAGAAUCUACUAGAGACACAUUUCUGGUGUUAACCGCCACAUCGCCGUAGCAGCAAUCUUUACAAGGGGUUUCCAAGUUAACUAAUGGCAUUACAUAGGGUUACUAGAUCCUGUUCUAAUGUUUUAUAGAUGAGUAAAUAAACCUGACUAGAGCAUGACCACUCCUACAUAAAAAAAAAAGGGCUGCAGAUUAUCUGGACCAGAACACAUGAAGCAACAUCUUAAUAAAACAAGCAGAGUUUAUGAUUUAUGCACAUUUAUUAUUAAAAUUGUGAUGGCGUAUUAAACAAAGUGGAACAAUCCCAUGUUGAAGUGUGGAACCAAAAAAGCUUCACUGCCUUUCCAGCGAAAAAACUGCGACUGCUCAGUGUGAAGCAGCAGCAGAGGUUCAGUACUUUCUGAGAAAAGGCCAAAAGUCUGUUAAAAACACAAAGUAAAUAUAGAGUAAAUACGUAUUUUUGAAAAAGUGAAACCGAAAUUCAAAUUUAUAGAAUUAUAGAUUUUUUUUAUCACAGUAAGGACCUGUCUUUAAAAUUCUUAAACUUCCCUCAUCUGAAUCUUUCUUUAACAUGGAUUUCUUUUAUUUGUAGUUUCUCAUCUAUUGUUUCUCCUUUGUUAUUUUUUAGUUUUCGUCUUUCCUUUAAAUUGUUGAAAUUAACACUAAUAAAAAUACAAAGUCCAAUCAGUAUAAAGAACCAUAUGAUCGAUGAUAAUUCCUGAUAAAUAGUUGAUUCCCUGCACAAUAAUCGACAGAAUUUAUAGUAAUGUUUCAAUAACCAAAACCUUUAAGGCCUCACUGGUGACAGUGAAAUGACCGCUGGUGUUUACUGCUGUUGAAUUCUGCUUCUGUCUCGUUGCCACUGCCACAUGGUCUCUGGUGCCUUUUUGUAACUCAUGCUAUUGUACUUAAAAACCUGUUUUGAUACAACUGUGGGAAUAAUAUGCCAAAAUAAUGAGACUGAUGUGAGGUCUGUAUCUAUUUUCUUAAAGGGGAUCAGUGUCAGUGUUGUAAAGGUCGGAGAGGAGGUAUUAAAGUGAUAUUCCAUCAAACACGGCUGAAGCUGUGGUCGGUUUAAAUCUAAAUGAAUCUGGAUCCUGAUGUUUUGAUGGUGAGCAGAAAAUAUCACGACCUCUCAGAUGAGUCUUGUUGCAGAAUAAUCAAUGGGUGGAAUCAGCCAGAGGAAAAUCAUGACACCAUUUAUCUUCUGUGUUGUUGCAAAUACUCCGAUUUCAGACAAUGAGCUGAGGGGGCUGAAAACUCAAAGCUGUGACUCCCUCUGCGUCCCUGUGCCACUUCUUAUGACUGUUUCCAUUUUUUUGAGUAAAGUCCAAAUGUUGCCGUUGCGUCCGACUGAAUCAAUCGAGCUCUGAGUCGCUCUCAAACCUCGCUGCAGCCUCAAUCUGCGCCCGUUUUUCGUCCCUCAUCACCUCGGGAUGCUAAAUCGCACGGACCCAACUGCGGCGAAGCCUGGGAGUGACUCAAAGCAGAUCCAACUGUUUCUCUGUAAAUAUCCCUGAACACAUUGAAAGGCCAAAUUCCUGUAUGUUUAUAUUGUACCUCUAUAUAUUUUCUAUUUUACUAUAAAAGGUGAUUUUCUAGCCAUUUACACAUAUAUAUAAAUAACUGUGUGGAUUCUAUUUGAUAAUUUUAGCCUGGAAAUAUUGAUCAUGUUUAUAGUUUUAAUGGAAUGUUGUCUCUUUUUAUUAUCUUUAUGAUUACAUAGCAGCUUAAUGUCUAUACCUUUAUCUCCAGAUAUAUACUGGUGCAGUUUGUAUAUAGCAACAGGCUGAAGCAGCACAAUUAAAGAUUUGUUUCAA